GGGACAACUUGAUAUUUCAACUUGACUGCAUACUGAACCGUUUGGGUUAUUGUGGCUUUUUUCUUGGAUAUCAAUGACUGAUUGCCCAAUGGUGUCCCCAGACUUCACGGCGGAUGAGCGGAUGGAGAUCGAAACCAUCAAGAUGUACAAGAAAGACCUUCUGGACGACAUCCAGAGGUUAAAAAUGGAGAUCGAUAGCGUCAUGGCGAACAUACUCAGCUUUGAGUCUGCAGAAGAAAACAAGACCAUGGAGAAGGGCAAGCAGUUCUCCAGUGGGAAGAAGAAAUUCAACAUGGAUCCCAAAAAGGGUAUCAAUUACCUGGUGGACAAUAAGCUGCUGGAGGGAAAAGCCCAGUCCAUCGCCGAAUUUCUCUACAAGGAGGAGGGCCUCAACAAGACAGCCAUUGGAGAAUUCCUUGGAGAGAGGGAGGAGCUGCACCUCCAGACCCUGAAGGCCUUUGUGGAGCUGCACGAGUUCUCCGACCUCAACCUGGUCCAGGCACUCAGACAGUUCCUGUGGAGUUUCCGCCUGCCGGGUGAGGCCCAGAAGAUUGACCGCAUGAUGGAGGCCUUCGCCACACGCUACUGUGACUGCAACACUCACGUCUUCCAGUCAACAGACACCUGCUACAUCUUGUCCUUUGCCAUCAUCAUGCUGAACACCAGCCUCCACAACCCCAACGUGAAGGACAAGACCACCCUGGAGCGCUUCAUCUCCAUGAACAGAGGCAUCAACAAUGGAGGGGAUCUGCCCAAUGAUCUGCUCACGAAACUGUAUGAGAGCAUACGCAACGAGCCAUUCAAAAUCCCAGAGGACGACGGGAACGACCUGACACACACCUUCUUCAACCCUGACCGAGAAGGCUGGCUCCUCAAACUCGGAGGCCGAGUGAAGACGUGGAAGAGGCGAUGGUUCAUUCUGACUGACAACUGCCUGUACUACUUUGAGUUCACCACUGACAAAGAGCCCAGAGGCAUCAUCCCUCUUGAAAACCUGUGUGUCAGAGAAGUGCCCUAUCCACGGAAACCUUACUGUCUGGAGCUGUACAACCCCAACAGCCGAGGGCAGAAGAUCAAGGCGUGCAAAACAGAGACAGACGGCCGAGUGGUGGAGGGGAAGCACCAGUCCUACACCAUCUGUGCUGCCAGCGCUGAGGAGAGAGACUCCUGGAUCGAGGCUAUCAGAGCAAGCAUCACCAAGGAUCCGUUCUACGACCUGGUCUCUGUCCGCAAGAAGAAGGUGAUAAACCAAGCCCCCCAGGACUGAGCGGACUAGCGCCCCCUAUGGAGACAUUCUGGUUACCACAAUGGGCCUCCACCCCCUCCUUUUAGACUGUAUUAAUACAGCCACGUGAACUCUGCCAGGAGACCGGAGGCUAGACAGUAGGAAGUUAACAGAGGUCAUUCGGGAUAAAAGAGGGGCCUCUCUUUCCACUUCUCAUUUUUGGGACUUAACUUCAUGGUGUCAAAGGUGA